CACCCCCGUCGGGAAGGGGGUGGGGUUUGCCCUCUCCCGGUGACAGGUGGGGCGGGGCGCGGGGGCCCGAGGCGGAAGCGAGGGCUGAGACCCCGCCCCCUCUCUCGCGGGGAGCGUUUCGGCGCUCGAGCUCCGGUCAGCUCCGCGGCGGAAGAUGUUGGAGACUCUGCGCGAGCGGCUGCUGAGCGUCCAGCAGGACCUCGCUUCCGGGUUGAAGACUUUGGGUGACAAAUCGAGAGAAGUCAAAGAAAGCAAACAGAGGAGUGUUGAGUUUUUGCCAAAGUUUUCUGCUGGACUGGAAUUACUCAGCAGGUAUGAAGAUAUGUGGGCAGCCCUUCAUAGAGGAGCCAAGGAAUGUGCAAAGGCUGGAGAGCUGGUUGAUAGUGAAGUUGUGAUGCUUUCUGCACACUGGGAGAAGAAGAGGAGUAGUCUGAUAGAACUGCAGGAACAGCUCCAGCAAAUUCCAGGGUUUUUAGCAGAUCUGGAAUCCAUGACAACAAGUCUGGCCCAGCUAGAGGCAAACUUUGAGGAAAUGGAGAACCAUCUAUUGUGUCUUGAAGACCUGUGUGGACAAUGUGAGUUGGAAAGGUAUAAACAUAUACAGGCACUACAGCUGGAAAGCUACAAGAAAACUAAAAGGAAUGAACUUGAAACCUUCAAAGCUGAGCUAGAUGCUGAGCAUGCCCAGAAGGUUUUGGAUAUGGAGCAUACCCAGCAGAUGAAGCUAAAGGAGCGUCAGAAGUUCUUUGAAGAAGCCUUCCAGCAAGAUAUGGAGCAGUACCUUUCCACAGGAUACCUGCAGAUAGCAGAGAGACGAGAACCAAUAGGCAGUAUGUCUUCCAUGGAAGUGAAUGUGGACAUGCUGGAACAGAUGGAUCUCAUGGACAUGUCUGACCAAGAAGCACUAGAUGUCUUCUUGAACUCAGGAGGAGAAGACAAUAGUAUGCUUUCGCCAGUGUUGGGGCCUGACUCAGAUACCUACCCAACUGAAAUAAGUCUUUCGGUUCCAAGCCAGUCUGAAUUAAGGCAAAAAUGGUCUUCAUUAUCAUCAACGUGCACCGACUCUGCCAGCCAAGAUGCAAGUGAAGGAGAGUCUCCUGUUAUCCAGUCUGAUGAAGAGGAAAUUCAAGUGGACACAGCCCUUGCUGCUGUAAAUACCGAGAGAAAGAGCACUUCAGAUGGUAGUGAUGAAAGUGACUCUCAGACUAUCUGAAUCCAUAUACUGUGUCCUCUAAGAAUAUUUGACUGAUGGAUGGAUGGAUGAAUGAAUGAAGAGCUUGCCUGUGUAGCACUUUCCUAUCUAAUCAUGAAAGCCAGAUCUUUUUACUAAUAAUACAAAAUUUCUACUAGUUUCCCAGUCGGGUAGAAUUUGGUUAUUAAAAAGUUACUUAACUCAUACUUUUAACAGUAGGAUCUUGGGGUGUUGGAGCAGGUAAAGCUUUGUAUAUACUGUGUAUAGAAUCAAAGGGCAGACUUAAGCAAUUCAAAGAUUACUGGUCAACAUACCUUUAGUUCUUUAACGCUGAUGUACAACACUGAAACCAAGUUGUUCCUUAAAGUCUGCAUGUUUCCUCUGCUGCAACUGAAAACUUGAGCAGCAUGCCAGUUUUCCUUUUGGUUUCAAACCCUCACCCUUCUGCAGUGAUUCAACAGCAGCAGUAUCUAACUCUCCCACAGGACUUUAGCUACACUAGGUGAUGAUAAAAUGAAAUCAAUAGGCACUUGUCAAGGGAUGGGAGUUGCACAUUGAAAUGUCACCCUCCUGUUGGAGCAGCCAUCUCAGUGCUUGUAUAAACUUGCUCCCUUCCUGAAAUAAAAGUAUUACUACCCCAACCUCGUCUUCCUGCUUACACCAGUCCAUUUCCUGCAGGACAAGUUUGAAACAAGUCAUUUGGAGACAUUUGAUUAGUGAUCAAAGGUGGUGGUCACUGAUUUUGGGGGGGGCGGGCAAGGCUUAUUCUGUAUACCAUCAGUUUGAGCAGUGUGCUACCUGGAAAAAUGACUGCCAUGAAAUCCUUCUAAAACUCUGAGGUGUUUGCUACGUGCCUCUGCUUCCCUCCUAUCCUUGACAGUAGUUCCUUCCUUCUAAGAUCUGAAGAGGUAUGACACCUCUCUCUUGUCCAACCUCACUCUGGCUACUUCAAAAGAGUAGCUUUGCCUUUAGGAAGAUCCUGGUUUCUGCUCUUCCUGCAUUGAGGGGGAUAGUAUAAUCAGAAGCAGUUUAGGUAAAGGGUGAGGAACAAGAGAAGCUCCUUUCAGAAGACCCCCACCCCUCCUUUGCUGGCAAAGCUACUGGAGUAGAAUGAGGAAGUCCCUGAAACUCGCCAGCCUGGGACGGACCACUUUCCUGUAGAUUCAGCUUUCUCUUGCUGUUUGGCAGAUAGUUUCCAACUUAAGUCAGGACACAAACAGUCUAGAUGAUAAUUGGCCAUUUGGCAACUUACUAGCGAGGUGGAGAUCAAAUUUAAUGCUUUCUUUCAGAUAAACGGAUCCCUUCAUUCACUAACUUCCCAGAAGACACACAAUGUCCAAAAAAGUUUUCUUUUUUUUUAUUAAACCUCGUAGUACAAACCUGGAAAGUAAACAAAAGGAAAAAAAACCUGGCAAUAAACAACAUGAAGUCUUUCCUUACAAGGAAAGAGAGCAGAGCAGCGCUAAUAAAUUAAAUGUCAAACUGUAAGCCAUAGUCAGAAGUUUACUGUCAAGAGGGAAAAGUACACAGCAAGGCCAUAAAAACCAGACAACCACAUUUGAAAACACUUGACUCUGUUUAUGUUAUUGUUAAAUAUUCCAAAACAGUUCAGUCUUCUGCAACAACAACCAACAAAUUGUAUUAUAGGACUUUCCUGACAGUCACCACUGGCAAGCUCAGUGCAAUAUGGGUAGCUACGGUAUUGUUGAAUUCAAUUAUGAAACAAAACAGUUUGUGAAAACAUUUUCCCUUUUUUAUUCCACACAUACUGUACACAACCAGAAAAGGGCAACAGCUACUCCAUUAUUAUUUUUUGUUGUUGUUCAGUGAUGUAAGCAGCACUUAUAAAUGUUACAAGAAAAACCCUGUAAGCAUCCAAUCCAACCGAUGAAGAAAGUGAAACGUAAGGCUUUUCUUCAUCUUGUCUCCGCAUCACCCCUCCCCCCACCCCAAGAAAAGGCUCAAGUAUUUAAAAAAAUUUACAGGUAUAUGUACAAAAGGUGUGAUUUGUUAUUUUUUUGUGGGGUUUUUUUUUUUUGUUACAACAUGAAGAGAAAAAAAUAGACAAGAUGAAAGCAAAUGCAUUUUCACAUUCAAAAGAAAUAGGCAGACCUGCUAGUGGCUCUAAAUGUGAUCAUAUAAUGAAACAAAUUCAAAACAAAAAUUAAUGCUCGACUGUGUAAAGGGUGUGAAAAACAGCAGUGGAAUGGAAAUGGAAUGUUAGAAAGAUUGCACGUCUAUGACAAAGAAGCACUUAUGGCUUCAAUCACUUUAUUUUUCUUUUCUUUUUAAGGAUGCUAUUGAAGGGUUUUUGAUAAAGUAGCCAACAGCACCAAAAAAUAACAGAAUGGAUUUCCUAAUGAAAUCAGGCACAGUUUUCCCCUCACGUGACUCCUCAAGGCAGGCAGUCUUCUUUUCCUCCUUUUUUUUAUUUUUUUUUUUUCCCCCUCGAACAGAUGCAUAGUGAUGUGCUGGUAAAAGAGAACAUACUUACUCCAAAUCUCCUCAUUUUGCCUACGGUUAGGAACCAAAGUCCAUCUUCAGCUGCCAUAACCUCCCAAAGAAAGAGCGUAUUCUCCAAUUUAAAAAAUUACAAAACUCAUCUUGCCGUGACAGAAUAAAAGACAGCCGAAGUAAAGCAAUAUCUUUCAAGUUUUGUCUCCUAUCCCUUUUCGCUCUAGAAAAAAUCUGCUCACAUGACUGGAGAACAAAUUAUAAAACACAUCAAACUUUAACCUAUUCAAAAAUGGGUUGAAAGCCUUUUUUCACAGUUACCAAAAAAAAAAAAAAAAAAAAAAAAAAAAAAA